AUGGGCAAGAGAAAGUCCUCCAGCAAGCCGCCGCCCAAGAAGGCGCGCGCCACGCUCGCGACAACCUUCACCUGCCUUUUCUGCAACCACGAGAAGUCGGUCACGGUCAAGGUGGACAAGAAGGCAGGCGUGGGAACGCUGAACUGCAACGUGUGCGCGCAGAACUUCCAGUGCGGCGCCAACUACCUGAGUGCGCCGAUCGACAUCUACAGCGAGUGGGUUGACGCAGCCGGUAAGUAG